UUCUCCAUCACUGACGGGAGGCGCGUCCACCUGCUCUCUGACUGGAGGCCCGGGAUGCGCGAAAACAUGCACAAGUGCCUCUGAUAAAGGAAAUUAUUUCAACAUUUAAGCUGGUAUGUGGCGAAAAGCUCUCGGUGUGAAGAAAUAACCACUAUUUGGCUGCUUCAAGAGUGGGAAGGAGUGACAUAAUGAAGCAACUUACAAGCUGGUCAGACUCCCAUUGAUGGACAGGAAACAAGCUUAUUUUAUCAUUCAGGCUUUGGGUGCAGUAGAAACCAAUGAAACUGGAACAGACAGGUUUACGUGAUUUGAAGAGUUGUCUACAGUGGUAUGUGCCCACAGAGCUUUAUGAUGUUGCAGAUGCUGCCUUACACACAUCCUCCACAGCUGCUGCAGUGAGCACAAAGAGAGGCAAUUUGUACUGCCACAGCGUUAAAUUAGCCUUAAAGCACCACUUACCUUGGCCACUGUCAACACAGUCUCUUUUGGAGGACCGCCCAACUGAUGUGUCCCCAAACCACAAAAUAUCCCUCACUCCCUGUACUGUCAAGGGCUUGAGCCCCGGGGCCUUUCCAAGGAAGACCACAUUCAGAUUUAUUUCACCAUGAUAGAACCUGCAAACAUAACUGGGCUCACACAGGACUGUUUGAUUCAACAGAGUCGCACCUGCCCAGGCUGCUACGUUGAAACUAAAGACAUGUCUAAUGUAGAGGCCAGUAUCAACCUCAAAAUGACUGACAUGAACCGAGACUACAGCACCUGCCCUAUCUCUGAUAUUAACAUGCAAUGCAUGAGCACAAGUGAGACAGGAAGUUAUGGAGACCAGCUCCUCUCUGAUCAGCUUUUGAGCUUUCCUGUCACUAAAACCCAGUUGCUGGAAAAGAAGGACACCGAGAAAAUAGACUUAGAUGAUCCAGCCUCUAAAAACCUGUAUGAGAGCCUGUUAUUAGACAAGUGCACUGGUGAAGAUGGCUUGCUUACUAAUCCAAAUCAGGACUGGGGCUACUUUGAGUCAUUCAUUAGCGAGAGUAAAAUGGAAUUGCUGGAUCUUUGCUCCAAGAAUGAGCUAUCUGUAAAUCUCUUCUCCGAGGAGGAUGUGGACAAUUACAUGUUUGAUGAUGAUGAUGAUUCCACUCUGAGCAGUGAUGUGUGCUCGUUAAAAAUCCGCUACGAGUCCUUCCAGGACAACAUUAGGGAGAAAACCAAUGUUCUGCAAGAAGAAACCCAGUUUAACUUUUUCCCAAGUGUCUUGGUAAACUGCACAAAGAAAGAGAGCGGUGUAGUGAAACGAGUUGUGGAUGAGGCACCACCUAAAUCAGAGGAGCUUGGAUUUCAGAAUGACAACAAAGGGGAUGUAAACGAAUGCUCCGCAGAGCAGAUGCCUAGUUACAGCCCUAAAAUGAACUACUUCAUUGAUUCAAGCAACUCGGCUGAUGAUUCAGGCGAGUAUAGUGAUGAAAGCUCCUCCACCAUUUGCUCUUUUGACACCUUCCAGGACAACAGACCUAAAAACUUGUUCACUCGAAAGAACGCAAGCUGCUCUAACCAUCUGAACUACGGAUUGCGGGCCAAAAGAAAAUUUAGGUUUAGUGACGACUACUUGUAUUAUGUUGAGUCCACUGAUGGAGAAAGAAACGUUGAAAAGCGAGAGAAACCACCGAUUGGUCCAAAGCAAGAAGAGGAUCUUGACUGGUGCCCUAAAAAGAGACGCAAAUAUUCUCGCAAGGAUCCACCUGUAAUAAUCAAAUACAUUAUCGUUAAUAGGUUCAAAGGAGAUAAAUGCAUGGCUGUAAAGCUUGGCAGAAUUGAUUCAUCCGACACGACGGUGAGCUUAAAUGAGGAUACAAUCAACAAAUAUGAGAAGCUUUCACCUCUGAAAGAUUUCUGGCAGGAGAAGCAGAGAGAAAGAGAGGAACAGCUUAAGCUGGCAGCAGGAGAUAAACACAAUUCUCACCAUCAUGCCUUUAGAUCCAGUCCCCCCAAAAGGAAAUAUAAGCUAGCAAACAGGCUCAGAAUUCAGAGAAUUCAAACUGUGGAGCAAUCACCCAACAUGCAGGGCCCCUUUGCCUCUGAUCCCAGGCAGGAGGUUUCUUCUACAGAUGAAACUGCCUCCAUGGGAAUGCCAUUAACAAUAGCCACCAGCUGUGCAAGCACAUUAGACUCAAAUGACAUCAUACACACUGCCGCCCGGAAGAGCAGAUCACAAGAGAGGGAGGAAAGGAGAAUAGGGAAUAAAAUAUUCAGAAUACAUAAAUUCAGAAGUGAAGCCAGACUUAGAAGCAAGAAAAUAAGAGACCUUGUGGAGAAUAACGAAAGCAUGACAGACCUGACAGAAGUUUGCUCGCUGCAGAAAAAUAUGGACACAGUAGGAGGUGCAGAAGAUAAAAAUGUCAGCCCAGCUGCACACAUUCCCCAUUUGUGUGAAAGUCAAACAGCUAAUGCCACUGAAAAAUUUGCUUUUGUGUCUAACACCUGCUCCUGUAACAAAGAGUCAUCAUCGGAGAAUGUGGCUGCAAGUGUUUCGGUUAUUCCUGGAGGCUACCUUCAAACACUGCUGGAUGCCUCUGAUUCUUCAGGUAGCACCGGUAUCCCGUUUUUCCCCCAGCAGACCCAGCACUCAUUGGUACUCUCUUUGGAAAAGCAGCAAUUCACCUCAAUUCAGCUAGCACAAAGCUGUGUUCUUUCACCACCGUCAGAAUCAGAGCUCCAGCAGUCUCCUCAGAAUUGCCCGACUCUUACCCAGAUGUGGCAAGCCCAGCUUCAUUCCAACCAGCAGUUUACCACUGCAGAUGUUGCUGAAUCUGCGAUUCAACCUAACAGCUUCGAUGGAGAGAUGGCUUUGCCUAUGUCUGAGAGUCUGACUGUGUCAGGAUUCAGCCAGCUGAGUCUAGAGAGCAACAGAAUGCUUUAUGAAAAGAAUUACAUGCCUGAGCAGCCACUGCCUCCUGAUGCUGAGUUUCAGGCAUGUCAGAGGCAGCCACAGUUUCAAAGAGCCACACUCCACACCGACAAUGGCCGACUCAUCAGUUUCGACUCAGUUGGUUCGCUGUCAGCUGCUUCCAGCAAUUACAGCUCUCUGAGUCUUAAGUCUUGUGAAAAAGAUGGUGAGGAUGAUGUGAAUGAGGACUUUCUGGCCCACUACAGUCCCAAACUUGUUAUUCAACAGAGUAUUGAUGCAAUCACACCCCUGAGAGAGUCUACAGACUUGCUAGAUAUCUCCAACUUCACACCAGAUAAAUUCAGACACGCAUCAUUGUCAGAACUUUCUCCUCCGGAGACACCUAAUUUAUCCCCUCAAGUUAUGGGCCGUGAGAUUAAGAUAGUCGGGAAGGCCACUGACCUCCAAGAUGGAGUUAAGAUGUCAUGCACUGAAAACAUGGACUGGAAAUGCAAGAUGAUAAAGCAGCAAGAUCUAGCUAGAUAUUCAGUUGAAGGUCACACGUAUCAAUUGAACGUGUUUAAUGGGGAAAACAACUUAAGCUUGGGGACAAAGCAGGAAAAUCUAUCUAGCAUUGAUGGCGAUAUGGUAAAUGCAAUUAAGGGGACUAAGGCAAAGAGGAGAAAUAGCAACAAGCCACCUGCAGGGCAGGGCACCAAAAAAACCAAAGCCCCCAAAGCUCCCAAGACAGACAAGGGAAAAAUUCCACGUCAGAAUUCACGAACGUCUAAAAAGCUAAAGACUUUAUUGGACGAGAAAGGCAGUAACAGCCAGACCGAAGGCAUUGCAUAUCUGCUCAAGGACAGUAGCUCUGAGGACUGGACAGGAAUAGGUUGUUCAGAGAGCACAAGUCAAGUCCACGAUGACCAGAGAGAGUUUGAAGAGCCAUCCAACAUCUUGUCAAAUAUCGUCUCAGGGAUGGCCGAAGUACAGAGAUUCAUGAUGGCCUCUGUUGAGCCAAUUUGGGGCCCUGCAGCAAACGUAAGCCUGCCCUCAGAAGCUAACAGUCUCAAGUUAAAGACUCUGAAAAUCCUUGCAGGAACUUCAUCUGACCCGAAGAAGAAAGGCACUUUGAGUACAGGGGGCACAAAAGGCAGAAAAGGUGGGACGAAAAGUGUCAAAAAUCAGCCAAAGUUCAAUGCCUCCUUACCUUUUUUCCCUCAGCUGGCUUUGGGCUGUAACAUGUUUGACAAGCCUAACCUUGGCGUUCCAGGUAUAAAUGGGCCUGCACAUAAAAAGAUGUACCGUCACAAAACCAGUGCGAAAUUCCCUCGGAUUGAAAAUCUAAAGGGCACGCGACCUGAGCGAGAGCCAAACAAGGACAUAUCGUUAAUGGCUUCUUUUGAGAAACUGAGGUAAUAUUUUAUAUCUAGCUGCUGAUGCACGUUCCUCACUUUCCCCGAUUCCUCUUCAUUUCGUACCAUACCUACACUGACUCAAGACCAGAGAUGCAUGGAAUUAUGUUAUGCUUUAGAAUCCCCACCUUCUUUUUUGCCCCCCGAAGAGGAUAUUGAUAUCUUGCAUGAGAAACUUAUUGUACUCGCAAACUACCUAUUGAUUGAUUGUGCAAGGCUUGAUUGAGAUUUGAAAUUACCAUGGCUGCAUUUUUAUUCUGCGUUUCUGUUUUGCUGUUUUCUUUUUCCCUCACAGUUGCUAAUUAGUUUUUGUCUGAAGAAGAAAAGAAACUUUGAUAAGUGCAAAUUCUUUUUGGUCUUUUUUUUUCAGUUUUCAGUGGAUCUUUCUGCCCUUAUGUAAUUAUAUUUCUCUCUUCAAACAUGUAGCUAUUAAAAAAUGUCUUUGUGUGAAACAAGCUCCCCCUUUUGAUUAUGUAUGCUGAAACAGAUGCCCUCUCCUUUCUUUUUACCCCUUCACUGCCUGACUUUUGUUUUUAAGUGUGAAAUGCUCAAGAUGACCUUGUCUAGGAUGCCUGGUACAUUCUUAAAUAUCGACAGCACACAGUGGGACCAUUUUGUAAUGAAGACAUAUCAGAUUAACGUUGUUCCAGUUACUUUCUUACUGUUGGAAUGUACUUAUGAUUUCCCCUUAACUACUGCUUUUUACAGGAUUUGUACUCUAGAUUGUCUUAAAAAGAGACUGUGCCAUGGAAAUCGCAAAAUGCUUCUGUUUUAUUUUAAUUUAUAUAUUAAUAAUGAUUAAUAGUGGUUGUCUGAAACAAUACUCAUGGGGCCCGUUUCAGAAAGGAGGUUAAGUGAAAACUCAGAGUAUGUUAACCCUGAAAUGAGAGAAAAACUGGGUUUUCCGUUUCAAAAAGGCAGGUUUGUCAAACUCGAGAAAGCAGGGUAAUUCAAGCCAGUUUCAGAAAGAGAGGUAACUUUUACUCAAAGUCAGUUACGGUGGUAACUUACUCCGUUUACCUAACCUGAUCAGGAGCAGGGUUUAUUCUGUAAACUCUGAUGGUCUCCAUCCUUUUUUUAAAGACGAAGCAUGUUUUUCGCCUUAGCCUUAGUCAUUCAUUGCCUAUAUUUCAGUCACACAAAGAACAAAGUUACGAGAAUGGCUUGUCCUUUUUUGGGAAAAUUAAAAUUAGAUUCAAUACUCUAGUUUCAAGUUUCAUCUUUGGUAUUACUUCAAAAAUUAAAUAAUUAGCUAAAAUUCACUGUCCUUCGACAGGGACAUGUACUAGAUUAAUGGGAUUAUUACACAUUCUAAAAAACUAUAUUUUUAGUACUGCUUACAUUCUAAAUAUCAUAUCAACCUCUACCACUUGAUCAAUAAAAAAUUAGACACACAAGUGCUCUUUUAAAAUUUUUAAGAACUCAGUUUCAGAAGUUUUAUCUUAAACUGAUCAACUUGUGUGAAAAUUGGAUCCUUAAACAUUUCCACUAAACAUUAAGCUAAGGUUUUAUGCAUUCUUGAUUGGUCAAAUUUGUUCUAGAAACUAGAACAAACGGGGACACUUCAGAUCGUUUUGGAAGGGCACUUUCUAUCCAAGACUAAAAAGGGCAUGUGCACUGCACAGGUUGAGUCCUAUGUGUGUACGUGCAUGCAGUAGCCUAGUUAUUGAAAUUAAUGCAAUUACAUCUGAAACAACUUCUAAAUUUCGGCCAAUUUCCCACUUUUCAAGUGAAAAGUCUAUAAACGUCUAUUUAAUUACUUAUUUUUUAUUAUACUUCAAUAUUUAUGUACUUUAAAUACUUAAAACUCUCUGUUUUGUCGAUGCAGUGGUGUUGCUUUUUUAAAUAUAUGCUAUAAAUUAAAUUUGCUAUAACUUUGCAUGAGCACAUCAAGUUCAGCUGGAGAAAAAAUGCAAUUUUUUUUUAGAUGGUAAUAUGGUAGCUUGAUAAUGCCUAUGAAUAACUCAGACUUGAUUGAUCUAACUUAGAUAAACUGUUCUGAAACCGAAAACUCUUUUUAAUCUCUUCAGAAGUCAACUCAGAGUUCAAGUUUAAACUCUGAGUUGGUUGAACCUCCUUACUGAAACAGGCCCCUGCUAACAGAUUUAUUAUUAUUCAGUAUCAUUGUACAAAAAUGCACUGUUUGAAGGAAAACAUGAAUUCUACCUGUGUGCCAAAUGUAAAACCUGUGCACAUUUAUAAUCUCUAUGACUAUCCUGAUAAAUGCUGGCUGUUCUCUUUUUUAAGAUCUGACCUUUCUUUUUGGUUUGUUGUUUUGCUUUCUUUGGGGACCCUAUCGCUUGAAGAGCACCUGCAGCUGACAGUGGUACAACCACUCGACCAAAACAACUAAACUCUGACCAAUUUUUACUUUUCAUAUCACAUUCAAUGUACCUCAGCAUUACAUGGGCUUUGAAUUGAAAAGAGAAAUGAAGAUGAAGAAAAAUGGACACGAAUAAUAGAGGAUGGCAUCUGUCAGGCUCACAAAAUAACUGUAACAGACACUGAGAACGUAAUAUUUUUUUUCUGAAUGGGGUGCUUUUGAUGUUUCAGCAUCUAUAAAUGAUGGCCUUUUUAUUAUUUACCUAUUUGCCAUAAACAAUCUUUUCCCAAUAGGUUAUGUUUUAUUUAAUUAAAUGAAUUGGUGUCGCAUUAUUACUAUAGUAGUAAUAGGUCAUCUUUACUAAACGUCAUCUUAAUUAUAGCAUGGAGGUCAAGCGCAUUCUGAUUAAUUUAGCGCAUGUAGAUUAUUAGAAGACACCAAGAGUUGCUCUAGGAGGACAUCUCAGGUAAAGUAAUGCCUUACCGAUAGCUUUUACCUUAGGAAGAGUUCAUUCCGUCCCCUUCUGCCUAUAACCGGCCAUAAUUAGCACCGAGAUGAUGCUGAUGAGGAAACUGCACACGGGCCAUCUCGCCUGCCUUUUCUUAUUUCUGCCUGUUUUCGACUGAAUGUACUUCAAGUUUUUUACAGCGUGCCACUGUUAAGCUGCCUCCUCCUACUGGUGCUAAGAGGGUAAUUGUAUUCUCCCAGAAUUGAAGAAUCAGUGAAUAUUAGAAUUGAAAACCCUUCUCUUCUCUUUAUGAAUGUACAAUAUAUGGUUCUGUUUGAUGUGUUCACAACACGAUUCGUUGUCAUUAAUUGGAAUUGCUUUUGCCUUUUCGUUGGAGAAAUUACUGAGCUUUAUAAAUAUCGUCUAGAGUUGAUAACCAGAGGGAUUCUUAGCUCUCGACGUCACAAAAAUAUUGUAUAUUUUUCUCUGUGCCAAUUUGUAAGAUAUUUUGUAAGUGUAUAUUUUUCUUAGAAAGUGCUGUGAAGUAUUAGUGUGUGCGUGUAUGUGUGUGUGGAAGAGAGAGAGAAACCUUUUUUGUGCCUCUGCAGGCAGUGAAAAGGAUGUAUAAUGACAAGCUUUUGGUUUUAAAAACCUAAAAAAUUACGAAAACAAAAAAUUAAUAAAAGAAAGAAACUACAUUUUGUUGCAAGUUUUGUAAGAGGAAAAUGAUCUUGUUGUGAGAGUGUUGUGUUACUGUGGAAAACAUAUAGGCAAAAAAAAAAACAGUACAGACAAAAUUGUGAACUGUUUGCUGUUUUAUAGAUUUUCAUGUAAAUUAUUCUUGUAUUAUUUUAUGUUGUAUCUGUUGCAAAGGUUUUAAAUAUUUGUGAUCAAGCCUGUAUGGUGAAAUGUAAUAUUGGUAACUUGCUGAGUUUUGUAAUAAUGUUUAUGGAGUACAUAUACGAAUUAAAAAGGAGAUUUUGAAUGCUG